AUGGGGAAGUUUUUAGGAAACGUUGAAAUGCAUGCCGUGGUGGUAUUUUUGGCGGUAAUAUUAAUAGGAAUUGUUGAAGGGCGACGAAUAGACAAUGCAAAGUAUUGUUACUCUAUUGAAAAGAAUGGUCGCCAUGUUGAUCAUUGCUUUGGAAAGGGCGGUGGUGGAGGUGGUAUGGGCGGUGGUGACUUUGGCGGAGGUGGUGGGUUUGGUGGUAGCGGUGGAGGUGGUAGUGGUGGAGUUGGUGGAGGUGGUAGUGGUGGUGGGUUCGGUGGUAGUGAUGGAGUUGGUGGAGGUGGCGAUGGUGGAUUUGGUGGUAUUGUUGGAGGUGGAGGUGCCGGCGGUGGUGGAUUCGGUGGUAGUGGUGGAGCCGGUGGUGGUGUAGGGGGUGGAGUUGGCGGAGGUGGUGGAGGUGGAGUUGGUGCUGGAAGAGGGGCUGGAGUUGGCGUGGGUAGUGGUGUAGGCGCUGGUGGUGGUGGUGUCGGGAUUGGCGUAGGAGGUGUAGGUGCUGGAGGUGGUGUUGGGGUUGGUGGUAGCGGUGGACGAGGCGGACGUGGUGGAGGUGGAGGUGGUGCUGGUGGUGGCAGUGGUGGAGGAGGACGUGGUGGAGGUGGUGUGGGUACAGGAGGAGGAGUUGGAGUCGGUGUGGGUGGUGGUGUAGAUACUGGAAGUGGUGUUGGAGCUGGUGGUGGUGCAGGAGGUGGAGUUGGUGUCGGUGGUGGUGUAGGUGGUGGAGGUGGUGUUGGAGCUGGUGGUGGAGGAGGAUGUGGUGGAGGUGGUGUUGGCGCUGGUGGUGGUACAGGAGGUGGAGUUGGUGUCGGUGGUGGUGUCGGUGGUGUCGGUGGUGGUGCUGGAGGAGGACGUGGUGGAGGUGGUGUUGGCGUUGGUGGUGGUGGAGGAGUUGAUGCCGGAAGUGGUGCAGGGGUUGGAGGUGGUGCUGGGGCUGGUGGUGGUGCAGGAGGAGGAGUUGGGGCUGGUGGAGGUGGUGGCGUUGGUGCUGGGGCAGGAGGUGGUCCUAGAGUUGGUGUCGGCGGUGGUGUUGGUGUUGGAGGAGGUGUCGGAGCUGGUGGUGGUGCAGGAGGAGGUGUUGGGGCUGGUGGAGGUGGUGGCGUUGGAGCUAGAACUGGUGGUAGUGCAGGAGGAGGUGCAGGAGUAGGGAUGGCAAACGGUAUAGGUGGAAGAGUAAUUGGUCCUUAUCGUAGUCGACUACUUCCGGAGACGUUUGAAGCAUUAAUGUAUGCUCAAAAUUGGCUUUGGGCCGAUAUUAAAGGAGUUGGUGUCGGUGGUAGUAUAAGUGCUAGAGUUGGUGUGGGUGUUGGUGCCGAAGCUGGUGCUGGAGGUGGUGUAGGAGGAAACGCUAGAGGUAAUGCAAAUAUUGAUGGAAGAAAAGUGGGAAUGGCUGAUUCGGGACGAACAAAGAGUGUGUAUUGUUACUUUGUUCAAAAGAAGGGUCGCCGUAUUGAUCAUUGCUUUGGAAAGGGUGGUGGUGAGCUCGACAGAGGAGUCGGAGGUGCUGAGGGUAACGGUGAAGGAAGUGGAGAUAGUACCGAGGUUGUUAGCGGUGCAAGAGGAGGUGUUGGAGUUGGCGUUGAUGGUGAUGGUGGUGCUGGUGGUGAUGUUGGGAUUGGUGUUGGAGGUGGUGCUGAUGUUGGAAGAAGUGGUGGGGUUGGGGUGGCGGAAUUGGAGGUGGAGAAAGAGGUGGGGGGUAGUGGAGGUGGACAUGGUGGAGUUGGUAGCGAUGCAGGAGAUGGUGGUGGAGAUGGAGGAGGACAUGGUGGAGGUGGUGGUGUAGGUGUUGAAGGUGGUGGAUCCUAA